GUGAGUGACAGUGACAAAUACGCCGAUCUCUUGGUGUUCGGCUAUGCCUGCAAACUGUUUGCAGACGACGAAAAGGCUCUUUACCACGAACAGGGAAAACAUCUUAUCCCAUGGAUGGGGGACAAGAGCAUCAUGAUUGAUAGGUCGGUUGAACAAACUUAGACUGAAACAUUAUGCUAACCAUCUACCCUGUUCGUUAGCCUGUUUCAAAAUUCAAGGGACCACUUGGAAUUUGUCUUGCACAAGCUUGGAAAUACCUGAAACUGACGAAGAAUGUAUUAUUUCUUUCCUGCUAACUUGGUUAUGGAUGUCCUGAACUGAGAACAUAUGGUAUCUGAAGUUUCUACAAUAACAUGCAAAGAUGCAACUCCUUGCUAGUCUUUAGCCAUGAUGCUAAGUGUGCACUCAGUUGCCAGUUUAUCAGGCACAGCUAAAGCGACUGCAGUCUAAUUCAAAGGUGAUCCCAAAGUGGAGGGAAACAUUUAUUUUUAAACCACUUAAAUGUAGUUUAAGCAAAAAGAAACAUUGUAACCUACAAGAAUAUAGGAUUUAUGGCAAUCCCGUUUUGUUUGACUGCAUUAGUUUAUGCUGUGUACCUAUUCAUCUGGCAUGAUUUGUAUUUUAUUGACAAACACAAAGAUAUCUAAACUUAAUAUCCUUUUAUAAGACUGCAUAGGUUAGCUUUCAAGUGGGCUUUGCAUCUUAGCAUGUUGGGAGAAUUUCCUCUGGAAAUUUUUACUUCAAAAAUGAAUAAAAUGGCAGUCAAAAUGGAGUAUGACACAUAAGAUGUUUCAUGCUUUCUUUAGUUGUCAAAUUCAGUUUUGCCAUAAUUACAAUGUGUACACGGAGCAGAUGACUUCAUUAUGCUGUGCAAUAUCCACAAGGCCAGAGCAAAUUCUAACUAAGGCUCAAGUCACUGUAAUUAAGGUGAUUCAAAAUAUACAAUGUCAACGUGAAACAGUGUGGCUGAACAACUUACAACAAAACUGUGUUGGAGUAAUGUUUUCUUUCCAUCAGAACAUGUUAAAACAUAUUCAUUUUUUUGAAUCACCUUGAUCUGCAGUAGCUCUGCUUGUGUUUCAUUUGUACAGCCUUUGUAUGUGUGUCUUUAUCACAUAACCCAGUUUUUCCCCCAGCAAGGUAGGCUAAGGGGUCCUGCCAAACCCCGAAUGCCAACCACAGCUCCCCAUUUCUUUGUCUUCAUGAAGAAGAAUGCAACUGAGAGGUGGCGUAGAGGGACGAACCCUGGAAAAUGUCGUCCAUUUGGGUUCUUACGGAUAGAUACGAUGGGCGUGGUCACUUACAUGACCUUUCAGAGUAUGACAGCGGGUCAUGGAAUACAUCCUACCAGCUGUCGGAGGAAGAGGACAGGAUUGAGGCGCUAUGCGAUGAGGAACGAUACCUGGCUCUGCACACUGACCUGCUGGAAGAGGAGGCAAGACAAGAAGAGGAAUACAAACGUCUGAGUGAGGCUCUGGCUGAUGAAGGUUCCUACAAUGCUGUGGCCUUCAAAUACAGUGCUGACUAUUAUGACCCCUCUCAGCCCACAGAAGAGGAGGAUGCUAACAAGGAAACUGAAGAGACUGAGCCAGAGGAGAGCGAGGAACCAUUCGUUGCUCCCCCAGGACUCACUAUCCCUCCUGAUGUGGAACUGCCGGCAACCGUCAAAACCCAUAACAUCAUUGAGAGGACAGCCAACUUUGUAUGUCAACAAGGGGCUCAGUUUGAAAUAGUCUUGAAAGCUAAGCAGGCUGGUAACUCCCAGUUUGACUUUCUUCGUUUUGACCAUUACUUGAACCCUUAUUACAAACACAUCCUGCGGGCCAUGAAGGAAGGUCGAUACAACCUUGUGUCCACCAACCAGCAAGAGCAGUCUCAGGACUCCCACUCUGAUGAUUCAGAUGAGGACGGAGAUGGCAGUUACCUCCACCCCAGCCUGUUUGCCCCUAAAAAAUGCUCUCGCCUGGAGGAGCUGGUGAAGCCUCUAAAAGUGAUAGACCCAGACCAUCCUCUGGCAGCACUUGUACGAAAAGCCAAACAGGAAAGAAAUGGCACUGCAGCGGUGGCAACCAAACAAGAGGAAGUGCUGAACUCAGCUGCGUCCAGUACUCCAGCACAGUACACUACUGACCCAAAUGCAGCAGCAAUGUACUACGGGUACUACAUGCUUCCUGAUGGAACGUUCUGCUUGGCUCCGCCUCCCCCAGGGAUAGACGCCAGCUCCUACUAUAACAAUAUGCCCUCCACUGUCAUGGCCCCCGCUACAUCUUCUGGAGCUUUGUCUAAUCUGGGAACUGCAUCUACCCCUUCUGAAACUCCCAUCAUGGUUCCACCAGCUACAGCCCCUGCUCAGAUCACCAGCUCUGCUGCUCCGGCUGUUGUACCAGAAACCAGUUCAAAACCGGAAGCUCAAGUCUCCACUCAAGCACCAGCUAUCAUUCCCCCACCACCUGACAUCCAGCCAGUUAUAGACAAGCUGGCCGAGUAUGUUGCAAGAAAUGGUCUUAAGUUCGAGGCCAGUGUCCGUGCCAAGAAUGAUCCAAGGUUUGAAUUUCUUCAGUCUUGGCAUCAGUACAACACCUAUUAUGAGUUUAAGAAGAAUUACUUCAUGCAGAAGGAAGGAAAAUGCUUGGCACAGAAGGAGACAGUAGAUGAUGAUAAUCUUCAAUCAGACACGUCAGUCAAAGAGUCCAAGCUCACAAAAGCCUCUUUUGCCCCCAUCUGUUUUGCCAUCAAAGCAAAGGAAAAUGACAUGCUGCCGCUGGAAAAGAACAGAGUUCGAUUGGACGAUGAUGAUGAUUCAGAUGAGGAGAAGAUGCUGGAAGAGCACAGACUGGAAGCUGUGAUGGGCGGGGAUGAUAUGGCUGACAGGGAGCUUCCUCCUAUCAGUGCACCAGAAGAGAAGAAACCCUCCCUCACUUUGGAGGAGUUGGAGGCAAAACAAGCCAAGCAGAAACUGGAGGAUCGUCUCGCAGCUGCAGCCAGAGAGAAGCUGGCCCAGGCAUCUAAGGAGUCCAAGGAGAAACAGCUACAGGCUGAGAGGAAGAGGAAGGCAGCACUCUUCCUACAGACCCUCCGCAGCCCCUUUGCUGGGGAGCCUGAGGCCAAGAGAGCUGAGCUGGACUCAUCUGCACAGAUUGAGAUGCAAGAAGCUUUCUCUGUUCUGUCUGAUCCUGCACCUCCUCAAGUGUCUUCUGCACCACCUGCAUAUCCUCAGGAACAAAGAUCCACUGUGGAGAAACAAGGAGCCCAUCGCAGCCGGGAGGCCCCGUCCUCCUCGUCCUCCUACACCACCUCCAGAGGAGGAGCCAGAGAUAGAGAGCGACACAAAGAUAGAGAUAGAGAUAGAGACAGAGAUAGAGAUCGAGGUGGAGAGAGAGACAGGAACAAAGGGAGGGACAAAGACAAAAAAAAGAAAAAACACAAGCGGAGGUCAAGAUCCAGAUCAAGGUCAAAGUCGAAGUCGAAGAGCAGACACUCCCUUCCCAGUGCCUACAGGAGAGCCCGCAGGUCCCGAUCCCGCUCACACUCCCCAGGGAGAAGGGACAGGACGGGACCCUCGUCAGAAAGGAGACGUGAGGAAAGAGAGCGAGAGCGCCAUCAUGCCAGCAGCAGCUCCAGUCUGCCCAGGGGGCAUUCGAGAUCCAGGUCCCCUUCUGAAAAAAGGAGGAGCUCCUUGUCAUCCUCAGGACAGAUGCUAACUGUGGGUUCCUCUCUCUCCCCAUAUUCCUCACCCAGCAGGGUUUUGUCCCCAUCAGCUAGCCCCGCCUCCAGCCUGACCCACAGCAGGGGUGGUUCUCUGGAGAAAGAGAAGGCGGUGUCCUCAUCCAUAGUAUCUUCGGUUCAGUCCAAAAUAACUCAGGAUCUGAUGGCCAAAGUGCGAGCUAUGCUUGCCACCUCCAAAACCUUUCAACCCCCCAAUUCCUAGAGAUUUAUUCCUGGAGAUUUAUUUCUGGGUCUGUUUCAUCUCCACGCAUUAACCUUCGAUUUAUUAUUUUGUCUUGAUUUGAGCGUUGGCAGAUUCAGUUUGGCCACAUUAUGUCUUCUGCAGCAUUGUUAAGACCUAAAUAACGGCAGUCACUGAGCUGAAAUAACUGGUUUCACACCUGACCUGAGAAGACCCCUCGUCAGUUGGGAGAUCAUGUCAGUAGAUGAAAUGUUUUGGUUAUCCUGCUUUACAACACUCUACUCUCCUCCCCUCCUCCCAUGAUGUGACAGUUAUUCUUUGCAGAAUUACCUGAAGAUACUGAAGGUCUGUAUUCUCUCCUUCUAUGAAGGAUUGUGUUUGAUAAUUUCAGUUCUCUCCAUCCUCGGCUACUAUUCUGCUGUUGUUUUCCCUCUCCCCCAAUGUUUUUUUUUUUUUUUUGGUCUCCAGUCCCUCAUGCUUCUUCUUGAGAAGCCAUUUUAAUUUUUUUGAUUUUUUUCUCCUUCAGCUCUAGUGUGUGGCCUUCUAUUUCUGUUCCUGAUUUGUACUGUAAUAAAUUUAAUGCAGAACAACUUUGUAAUCCAAACUGUCAAUAAAGUUGCAAUUAUGAUUUA